AAAAGUAACCCGACCAGUUUAUAUUCGAACGAACGUAAAAUAUUAUUAUUCGCUGUCAGUAGAGUCGCCUACAAACAACUGUAAUCCAGCCGUCAUAACAUAUUGCAGUCAUUACAGAUAUUAAAAUAUUUAAGGAAACUCAAAACAAUUAAAAAUGUCUUUAAUUUUCAACAAAAAGUACAAGCUGCACGCCAGUGAAAAUGUUGAAGAAUUCUUGAAAGCUCUGGGCGUCAGCUUGGAGGAUCGUAAUUUGUGUCACUCUGCAAUUCCUGUGGUGGAACUAACCAAAAAGGAGGACGGAAAAUUGGUAUUAUCAUCAACCUCGGAUAAAAAAGACUUUUCUAUCGAGUUCUACCUCAACGAAGAGUUUGUUGAGGAGACUUUAUAUGAUCACAAAGUUACUUCACUAUUCACCCAGGAUGGAAAUAAGUUGGUGGUCGUUCAGAAGUCCGACAAUUACAACGAUGUCACAAUCGUCAGAGAAUUCAAUCCCGAUGAAUUAAAAAUAACCUUGACAAUCGACGGAAUCACAUGCUACAGAAUCUAUAAACCAGUCGACUAAAUAGACAAUAUAUACAAUAUUAUGCUAUUCUCAGAAUAUAUUAGUAUAGUUCGAUUAAUUUGGAUAUUUACUGCAGAUCUAUGAACAAUUUGGCACACUACCUAUCUAUACUUUAAGAAUAUUGUGAUAAAUAUGAUACAAUUACACAAAAAUAAAUUAUUAAUUCAUUUUUAA